GGCUGAAAAGAGACUCCAUACAUCGCUCCGAGAUAGAUCCAGAUGUGGAUUUUUUUUUUCUCCCCCUCUUGAGUUUCCAGACUGCAUCUGUGGCCCGGGGCUGAUGUUCUCGAGAGCAGGGCUCUGUUUCUGCCUCAUUACCUAAUUAAUUCAUAGAUCCACCUUAAAAACAGGGCAAUCCCGGUCUGGUCCCUCCCCCCUGCUCGCCACCACAAGCUCACCUCCUUUUCUUUCAGUUUCCCAGCUUGGCAGGAAAAGAUCUGAUCCGGACUUUUGGUGUUUCCUCUGGUCUGGUUGAGUGUGCCGGACCCCCCUCCAGUCCCACCCACCGCUAAGCAACACAAACACACCACCAGUCCUCAUUUUCUGGAUCUGCUCUUUGUUAACAGAGCCUUUUCCCUCCUCUGCUUUUAUUCCAGGAGAGGGAGAGAGUGAGUGAGCGAGAGAAAAAGAGAGGGAGAGAGGGUGAGUUUAUCUUCUCCUUUUAAAGGAUUCGUUUCUGACUGAAUCUGGAUCUGGUUUGUUUUCCUUGCUCGGGGCUGCCGCCACCACUGCAGGAACAGAGCUGGUGCCCCUACUGAUGUAUUUAAAACCGGUUUAAACGUCAGGAACGGUUCAAGGUUUUAUCCACCAACCACCACCCGGCCUGUCAGUCAUUUUUUUCGCCACUGCAGUUUUCAAGUUGGAGCUCUGCUGGGAAAUGGACAAACCCCUCUAAACUAAAGACGCUUCCCAACCGUUCCGACUCAGCCACAGGACGUGAUUUGGACGAAGAUCCACGGAGUGGAGGGCUUUGUGUUUGCUGGUGAAAAGAAUCAGCUGUGGAGGAAACCAGCGAAGGAGAAACAGAGUAAAACCAGCAGAACAUGUUUACUCCGCUGUUUCCAUAGUUACUGAGAGGAGCAUGCACGUCCAGAGAAGGCUUUAACGUCACCGUUUGUCUCCUCCGCUUGCCAUCUAAGAGAACUACACUACCCACGAUUCCUGUGACUAAUAACAUAGCCAACGUUUAGAUCACUACAAACAAAGACAGUCAGAAGAACGACACUGCUGUGAAGAGGACCACCAUGGCAAACAACCCUGCAGACCACCCUCCGGGGAAUUCGGUUGCUGAGGGCAACCAUGAAGGGGACUUUGGGGUGACCAUGGUGGACUUGAGGACCCUGAUGGAGCUGCGGAGCACUGAGGCCGUCAACAAGAUACGGGACACUUACGGAGAUGUGCAGGGCAUCUGCCGCCGCCUGAAAACAUCCCCUAUAGAAGGUCUGUCUGGUAACCCUGUCGAUUUGGAAAAACGUCACACGUCAUUUGGACAGAACUUUAUCCCCCCAAAGAAGCCCAAGACAUUCCUGCAGCUGGUGUGGGAAGCUCUGCAGGACGUCACGCUCAUCAUUCUGGAAAUCGCUGCAAUCAUCUCACUGGGCCUGUCUUUCUACCAUCCACCUGGCGGUGACAGUGAAGCAUGCGGCGCAUCUUCGGGUGGCGCCGAGGACGAGGGCGAGGCCCAGGCUGGCUGGAUCGAAGGAGCUGCCAUCUUGUUCUCAGUCAUCAUUGUGGUCCUGGUGACGGCCUUCAACGAUUGGUCCAAGGAGAAGCAGUUCCGCGGGCUGCAGAGUCGCAUCGAGCAAGAACAAAAGUUCACAGUCAUCCGCAAAGGUCAGGUCAUCCAGAUCCCUGUGGCCGAGAUCGUGGUUGGAGACAUCGCUCAGAUCAAAUACGGGGACCUGCUGCCUGCUGAUGGUAUCCUGAUCCAAGGCAAUGACCUGAAGAUUGACGAGAGCUCUCUGACAGGGGAAUCUGACCAGGUUCGCAAGUCUAUGGAGAAAGACCCCAUGCUGCUGUCCGGGACCCACGUGAUGGAGGGAUCAGGCAGGAUGGUGGUGUCAGCUGUCGGCCUCAACUCUCAAACAGGCAUCAUCUUUACUCUGCUGGGUGCCAGCGAGAACGACGAAGAGAAGAAGGUCAAGAAAAGUAAAAAACAAGGACCCCCCGAAAAUCGCAACAAAGCCAAGACCCAGGAUGGCAUUGCUCUGGAGAUACAGCCUUUGAAGAGCGAAGAGGCCGCCGAGUCUGAGGAGAAGGAAGAGGUCAAACCAGUGAAAAAGGUCAAUGUUACCAAGAAGGAGAAGUCUGUGCUUCAGGGAAAACUGACCAGACUAGCUGUGCAGAUUGGGAAGGCUGGUCUGAUCAUGUCGGCGGUGACAGUUAUCAUCCUCAUCCUCUACUUUGUGAUUGACACCUUUGGGAUCCAGGGUCGGCAGUGGUUAGCUGAGUGCACCCCCAUUUACAUUCAGUAUUUUGUCAAGUUCUUCAUCAUCGGUGUGACAGUUCUGGUCGUCGCUGUCCCUGAGGGGCUGCCACUUGCUGUCACCAUCUCUCUGGCCUACUCUGUCAAGAAAAUGAUGAAAGACAACAACCUGGUGCGUCACCUGGACGCCUGUGAAACCAUGGGCAACGCCACGGCUAUCUGCUCGGACAAGACGGGUACCUUGACUAUGAAUCGGAUGACAGUGGUGCAGGCAUACAUCGGCGAUACGCACUACAAGACUGUCCCAGAACCCGAUGCUAUCAAGCCAGACACUUUGGAAAUGAUGGUCAACAGCAUCUCUAUCAACUCGGCGUACACCACCAAGAUCCUGCCCCCGGAGAAAGAAGGCGGCUUACCUCGCCAUGUGGGUAACAAGACUGAAUGUGCUCUGCUGGGCUUGGUGCUGGAGCUGAAGAGAGACUACCAGCCAAUCAGAGAUGAAGUCCCCGAAGAGAAACUCUACAAGGUUUACACCUUUAACUCCUCCCGCAAAUCCAUGAGCACGGUGCUAAAGAAUGCUGACGGUGGCUUCCGGAUGUACAGCAAAGGAGCAUCAGAGAUCAUCCUGAGGAAAUGCUCUCGUAUCUUGGACGCCCAGGGCCAGCCUCGUGUCUUCAAGCCCAAGGACCGUGACGAGAUGGUGCGAAAGGUGAUUGAGCCAAUGGCGUGCGAUGGGCUGAGGACCAUCUGUGUGGCCUACAGGGACUUUCCCGCUGAGGCUGGAGAGCCAGACUGGGACGCUGAGAAUGAUAUCCUCAACGAACUGACCUGCAUCGCCGUGGUGGGCAUCGAAGAUCCCGUCAGACCUGAGGUACCCGAGGCUAUUGCUAAGUGCCAGCGCGCAGGCAUCACCGUGCGCAUGGUUACCGGAGACAACAUCAACACUGCUCGUGCCAUUGCGACCAAGUGUGGCAUCCUGCUGCCUGGGGAGGACUUCCUGUGUCUGGAGGGCAAAGAGUUCAACCAACAAAUAAGAAAUGACAAGGGAGAGGUGGAACAAGAGCGUCUGGACAAAGUUUGGCCCAAACUGCGUGUUCUGGCUCGAUCAUCACCCACAGACAAACACACUCUGGUCAAAGGCAUCAUCGACAGCACAGUGGGCGAAACCCGACAGGUGGUUGCAGUGACAGGAGACGGUACCAACGACGGCCCCGCCCUCAAGAAAGCUGAUGUUGGCUUUGCUAUGGGAAUCGCCGGCACAGAUGUGGCCAAAGAGGCAUCUGACAUCAUCCUGACUGACGACAACUUCACCAGUAUUGUCAAGGCCGUCAUGUGGGGGAGGAACGUCUACGACAGCAUCUCCAAGUUCCUGCAGUUCCAGCUGACCGUCAAUGUGGUGGCCGUGAUUGUGGCGUUCACAGGCGCCUGCAUCACACAGGACUCUCCCCUGAAAGCUGUCCAGAUGCUCUGGGUCAACCUCAUCAUGGACACUCUGGCGUCUCUCGCUCUUGCCACGGAGCCGCCCACUGAGUCUCUGCUGCUACGUAAACCCUAUGGUCGGAACAAGCCCCUCAUCUCCAGGACCAUGAUGAAGAACAUACUUGGCCAUGCUGUGUACCAGCUCGUCAUCAUCUUUACCCUGCUCUUCGCUGGUGAGAAGUUUUUCGACAUCGACAGUGGGCGAAACGCUCCCUUGCACUCCCCGCCGUCAGAGCACUACACCAUCGUGUUCAACGUGUUCGUCAUGAUGCAGCUCUUCAACGAAAUCAAUGCCAGGAAGAUCCACGGAGAGAGGAACGUGUUCGAAGGUGUCUACAGGAACCCCAUCUUCUGCAGCGUUGUACUGGGGACCUUCGCUCUGCAGAUCGUCAUUGUUCAGUUCGGAGGAAAGCCGUUCUCCUGCACGGCUCUGACCAUCGACCAGUGGCUGUGGUGCGUUUUCAUCGGCGUGGGAGAGCUGCUGUGGGGACAGCUGAUCUCGGCCAUCCCCACACACCACUUGAAGUUCCUGAAGGAGGCCGGUCACGGUAUCACAAAGGAGGAGAUUCCCGAGGAGGAGCUGAACGAGGGCACGGAUGAGAUCGACCACGCCGAGAUGGAGCUGAGGAGAGGCCAGAUUCUCUGGUUCAGAGGUCUGAACCGCAUCCAGACACAGAUUAAGGUGGUGAAUGCGUUCCGUAGCUCCCUGUACGCGGGGCUGGAGAGCCCAGAGUCCCGUAGCUCCAUCCACAACUUCAUGGCCCAUCCUGAGUUCGUGCCCCUGUCAGAGGAGGAGGAGGCUCGCAUCCCCACCAUUAAGGAGACUGGAGACGAAAUCGACCCCCUCCCCAGCUCCUCAUCAGUGAUCCGGGGAGGAGAAGACUUGCCCACCACCUUCCCCCUCAACCUCAAUUAAUCCAUCUGAGUUCCUCCUCUCUCCUCUUCAUCAGCAUCAUCUGUCACCCCACCAACCGAACUGUCACACCGAGGAAGGGAGUCAUGACUCAUUCUGCACACACACAUGCUUCACAUCGUCUCCACCCCCCCUCGGUCAUUCCUGCCACGUUGUGUUUUUCAUACUGACUGUGGCGUCGUUCUGCCUGUAAGUCUGAUGGAGUCUCCACAGUGGAAGGCCUCUUCUAGUCCAUUCAUGUGUUUUUUUUUUUCUUCCUUUUUUUUUUUUUUUUUUAACUUGACAUUCUUUUUGAAAAGCUUUUAAACUUUAUUGGGUUCGAUCCUUGCAGGACUCGCAGCAGCAGCAUGUUGUGUUCUGUACUCGCUUCAUUCCUGCGUUCUCAAAAAACGGCACCGAACUUUUCAAAGAGUGCAGUGAAUCUGAUGUACAUACGCUUCCGCUCUUCUACACAGCUAUAAGCCGGGUUUGUUGAUCAGAAGAUUUUUAGGCAAAUGCAAAAAUGUAACCUUAUUAUUAUUAUUAUUGUUUUUUGUUUUGUUUUGUUUUGUUUGUUUUUUAGACCUUGAUCUUGAUUUCUUUUUGAAACCUUCUAACGAAUGUCAAUCAAUGGUUGAUUCAGACUCCUGAGAAUGUCUUGUGCGUAUGACACUACAGCUUUCAAGGUUAAAAUGAUGUUUUUCCCUUUAUCGUGUCUGUAUGUGUUGCUUUUCUUUUUAGCUGCUGUGUUGCAUGUGGAAGGACAGAAUGUUUACUACCCAAAAAUACUGAAGACGGCAGCGUCUGGAGGGGGCUCGCUUUCUGCUCAGUGGGGGUUCUGACCUCAUCUCAUCCAGUCAGGGUUCUGGUUCUCUCUGCCCCUCCCCCAGUUUGUCCCCUGUGAGGAUAGGAAACGGGAGUGUGGUUCAUGUUUUCCCUCUCUAGUAGGAUGCAUGUUUUUGUUUAAUUCGUGUUGAGUCGCAUGAUAACGUACAGUAGGAAUGAAUAUUCGGGAUUCUGUUUCAACUUUGUGCGUCUGCAGCAGCGUCUGUUCAGAGCUCCAUGAGCUUCCUGUCUGUAGGACUGAACCUCCUGUUACCACGGCAGCCUCAUCGAUAUUCUGGCAGAGGAGACCAUCAGGGUGUUUAAAACAAUCGAUACCCCGGCGUCUGCGUGUGUCACAAGGCCCUGAAACCCAAUGUCUGUCUCGGUGUUGUCACAACACAGGUAUCGCUGGUAAAAUGAGGUCACUACACACACGGAAAGUCCCGAGGGCCAACAACAACAAACAAAAGCUGCAGCCUGUUUUUUCCACUGCUCGACCCCCACUGUGUCGCUCGCUCGCCACGUGGCUGCGACCGGCCCACUCCAAUCUCAUGUUGGCAGCUGUGCACAGAGAUGCUUUCAGCUAGAAGAGGUUGAAUACAAUCAAAAUAGUAAUACAUGGAUAGAGACAGACUAAAACACAUGCAUUCUCAUCUCUGUUCUUGUAAUACUCGCCCCUGGACACCGACGUUAAGUCGGUGCUCUUCCUCUGAGAGGAAUCACUGUUGUCCUCUCGAUACACCGGGCACAGGGACAUGACCAUGACCAAAUUUAUGUCACUCCCAAGCAGAUGUUUGCAUACCGAUAGGUGUGAAAACUGUAACACUCGUUUGUGUCUCCUAACUCGACACUCCGACAGGCUCGUAUUAGACAAAACCCGCCCACCCUGGGUUCAUCAGCAAGUUAAAAUUGAGCACAACUAACUUCCCUGCUGUGCAGAUGUAUAAUUUGGGCUUCUUAGGGUAUUUGCUUAAAGAGAAAACAUUUCCUUCAGAGGAUGGAGGAAUAUUAACCUUUUAGUUUGUUCAAGGAAAAGUUUAGGUAAAGCAUUUCAGAUCUUAUUUAGUCUUCUACCCAUUUCCUGUCAGAGGUCAGGUUGUACUCUCGGUGCUUCAUGUCUGGAUCCAUGAAUGUAGGUUUGCCACAAAGUUUAGUUUUGCUAUCAAUGAAUCUAAAGCAUUUUAAGCCCGUGGGCAGCUCACAUCUGUUGGUGUCACUCACAUUUUUGCAGUCUGACUGUGGCGCUGGUAAAAGAAGUUUAAACGCGUGUUAAACAGAAAACGACUUUACCACUGACGAGUCUGUUUCUGGGGCAAAGACAGGAAGUAAAUGGAGCUUUAAACGGCGUCCGGACCGUCUGCCUGUGUUUAAGACAAAUCUUAGCUCCUUUCUCAGAUUUUAUGAACAUAAACUUAAAUCAGCUGUCAGUGACAUCACGCAGCCAGGAGCGGAGAAGAUGUUUGAUCUUCACCAUCAACAUCAUCGCUCUCUGCUCUGCUGUGUCUGAUUGACAGGCAUCAGUGUGGCGGCCACGCUGAGGUUUACGGGAGACUGAUGAUGUCACCAGUCAGCCCAUAGAGUUAAAUCCACUGUGUUCCUGCUGCCGCUUAGUACUUCCUGCUUGUCUGCAGAUUACUGUCUUAAAAGAAGAAGGACUCAUCCUCCAAUCAGAAGCAGCGGUGCGUCUAAUCCCCUCUUAGUCUGACUAGCAGCCAUCAACCUAUCUCUGAACUAGGACACGUUAUUGAAGUAAUGUGCUACUACUGCCAUAUUUCCAACUUUUGUCAUGACUAGGUUCUUCCUCUUCCCCCACUGAUGAGCUUUUUCUAUGUAACUCAGAGCCAUAUUUUAUAGGUUGUCUGUAUUGAUUUUUUUUUUUUUUUUUUUAAAUCUCAUUGUUAUCGAGGUUUGCUUUGGACUUUCUCACCCCUGACCCUUUCUAACCCCGUCCCAACACACACCCUCUCUCCACCCCUGGCCCUUUUACUUCAAACACGACCAAAAAAGAAACAAAAGAAGAAAAAAAACAAGGAGAAAAAUCUUCAGUCGUCACUGCCGAACCAAGUUUAAAGGACCUCUACAAUGUUUACAUGAAAAGCGAGUCGGUGGCAGUUCGCCUGCGCUUCUCUCAUCCGACCACUUCCCUUUCACUCCCUUGCUUUCCUGAAUCUUAGAGUUACUAUUUAACUAAAUGGGGAAUCUUUCUUGCAUGGUUUUCAUAUAAAAUUCAAUGUUUUGCUCAUUUUUUACAAUUCUUCUGUAUUUUUAUAUUAAGUACUUUUUAAUAUUUUGGAGAUAUAUGAAUAUAUAUGUAUAGGCUGAAGAGUUUGGUGACAGUACCGUACAUGAAUGAGAUGAACCUACCGUGGACUCUGUCUUUUUACAGCUCUCUAAAUAUUUCUGCCACGUGUGUCGUCUUGGUCACCUGACGUUAGGGCUCAGAAACCUGCAGUGACUUGUUUACUUCCUGUCGCCCAAUCAAUUGGAAUCUGAACAGUCUAGUCCCAUUAGCCCCCUUUUACAUGAGUAUAAUCACUUUACCUAAGAUGUUGUGACACACUACACGUUAAGUGAUUUUUCGCAGUUAUCCAACUCCAUUAGAGUUCAGAAAAUGCAUCAGCUAACUGUAUCAAACAUUAAAUGGGAGUGUAUAAUUAUUUAAUAACCUCUGGGUUUGUUUGUUUCUCUGCUUUGAAGCUACAGCGACUGAUUUUUUUGAAUGAGUGGAUUGAUGCUGUUUUCCAGCUUGCAGGUGUCGGAGCUGACGACUUUAAAGAGGAUCAAAGCUGUGUCCCGCGUCAUGCUCCGCCUCCGUUUUGAAGGGGCUGUGGUCCAUGAAGGCACGCCCAUCUUUGUCCAAAUUGACUUCCCAACCCCCCUGCGAGAAAAACCUCAGAAAGUAAGCUCCAUGUAGUUGUAGUCAAUACAGAGACGGACCAAAUCACAAAGCAAGCUCUGACCUCCCAGACUCGAGGUCAAAGACUUUAAGCUUAAUUUGAAGUCCUGCAUUGAAUCGCCACAGACCCCAGAGCGGCCAUCUUUGUUUUUACUAGCUGAGCUGCUCACGUUGGACUCUGAACAACAGUUACUUUUACUUUAAAGCAGGAAGAAGGGAACUGAGCUGUAAAAAUGAGAAAACGCCAUGUACACUGGCAGAAUACCAGCCAUUGCAUUAGCAUUGUGAUCGCACUAGAUACAAUCACAGCCUAUUACAUUUGGUUCAACAGAGGCAUUAACAGAGUGCUAAUCAAUGGGUUUUACAGUGUAUGCACAGCAAACAGGCGACAGAGAGAGAAAGAAUUGUGGGACGAGUCUAACUUCUUUAUUCAAAAUCUUAUUCUGGGGCAAAUUUGAAAAAUUUUUCAAAAUAAAUGCCCAUGUAAGGGCUUGCAGGAUAACGAGUUCUGUGAGUUGCUUCUAGAAAGACUUUGAUACCACCGAGUGGACCAAUCACGUGUCGUGCACAUCAGGAUGCAGUGUGGAUUCAGUGCUGUACUCUAAGUCAAGCUUUAGGUGAUCUUAGUGUUGCUGUAAGUCUUUGAGCCCUCGUCCAACAUUCUCACAAGGCGUGGUCUGGUUAGCUCUAAAAUUUAGCGCUCUGCCCAAACCAGGUCAGACUGAAUGUAUUUGAGCCCACAGCGACUUGGCUUUGGGUUCAGGACUCAGUCACUGUUUAAACUGAUAAAGGUGAGGCUUCACUUUGUAGAGUUAAUAUUUAUUACAGCAUCCAGGAACAGCAGGAGCUUUAUGAAUUUACUUGAAGCCGUUAAUGUGCAUGGUUACAUAUUGGGGGUAAAGGGGGGCUUGCCUGAAAGAACCCUAAGAAGUUUCAGUCCGGCCCUGGACCACAGUUUGUUUGUUUUUGUGGUCAUGAAAUUCAGAUCUUGGAGGAGGCGGAGCCUGUGGCGGGACACAGCUGCAGCUGUGGAGGUCAUCAUCGUUUUAUAUGCGACUAACAGCUUUCAGAAACUGUUUCCGGGAAGAGAGCAGGACUGUAAGAGCGCUGGUGACAUCACUUCCUCUUCCCGCCAUGUGUCCGUUGGCUCUAAACGAGACACGCCCUCCAAACGAUGACGCGUUUCCUCUUUGUUUUGUCUAACUGCUCAACACCUGCGCUCCUCCUUAGAGUCAGUACAGUGUAAAUAUUGUCAUAUAAGUGAAUGAAGUGUACCUGCUGUCUGUGUCGGUGACAGGAAAUGGGAGAGGGGGCAAUCAGCCAAUCAUCACCCAGCAAAGCUUUAAGAAUGUUCUGCCAAAGUCGUCUUUUUCUUCUGCACAAGUUUGUCACCCCCCUCCCCUCGCCUCGCUUCUCCUCCCUCCUGUCUGGAUAAGAGUGCCCCCCGCCCCGCUCUCGCCAUCGCCUCACUGUGGCCGCGGUGGUCAUGUGUUGGACUGCUUGGACUGGUUGCCCCUCACGUCUCAUGCCAGCUGCACAAGCAGAGCCAUGCAAUCAGAGACUCUGCGGCGGCCUGUUUGUGCUCCUGGUUUCAGCCACGUCGCAAACAAAAAACAGUCCGGACGAGACUCAGCAGACUGAAAAUCCUCACCUGGAUUUAGUUUUUCGAAAGUUCAUUUCUGGACUAGAUAAGAUCUCAUUUUGCCACAGAUCUUCUUUUCUUUUCUUCCCUCAUUAGGACUUCUGUAUGGAGAAGGAACUCACGUCUUAUCCGGUCACUGUUGCAUUUUGACUGCGUUGCUUCUUCUUCUUCAGAGCACUGCCUUUUUUCACAACAGGAAAUCUUUAGAGAACCUUCACGACCACAUCAAACUUUAACAAAGAAAAAAAAGGGGUUCAAUUGAACUGGAAUAUCACAGCUGGAAAAGUCAUAACCAUUUAACAUAUAUAUCUAUAUAUUUAUAUAGUAUAUCUAUGUAUUUAUAUCUAAUAUGUGUGUGUAUAUAUAUAUAUUUAUAUGUAUAUAUGUAUUAGACAUAAAUACAUAGAUGUAUAAGGUUUCUCAGUUGAACUUCAUUGCAAAAAAGACUGAAAGUUUUUUUCUGUAAUUACUAUGAUACACAGUAAUAGGCGUUGGUGUUAUUUUUGUAUAAACAUAAUAUCAUCUAUGUGGCAUGCAUGACAUAUAUACAAAAUUUGGUGGUUUAAAGCAAUAUGUCCAACCUGGUGCGAUUGGUUUCCGUCGUGUUCUGUGUAUCCUAAAAUCACUCUGUACGGGAAAAAAAAGAUAAAAAAACCAAACAAAAAAAAGAGAAACUGCAUUUGGAUAAAACUAACUGUUCAGUAUAUGUGUUCAAUGUUCUGUGUUCUGCAUGUUUUAGUAUGGAAUGAAACAUCCCAAACGUU